GGAGCCCUCAGAAAGACUGAGCUCUCUGCUCACUGCAGUGAGAUAAGGUACGUUUUUGGACUAUUUGACGAACAAACUCGGGUUAAUAGUCGCUGUAGGUUUUCAUUAAGUUGAAAAGUGGAAGUUUUGUCUUCGUCGUCUACCUUUUUGACCCAUUUUACGGCACUGCAGUAACUGAUAGAGAGUCCACUCUGAUCCACUGGAUCACCGCCGAAUUCUCUGCGGCUGAUAUCUCAUGACCUGGCAUCCUUGUACUCGGAUGCUUUGCUAAUAUGGGGGAGUGGUGGACCACCCCGCCAGGAGACACGUCCUCGGGAAACUAUGAGAUUUCCAGCAUAUCCCAUGUGACAAUGCCCCCGUCCAAGCAGAGCAGCCUUGCACCGCUGCACUCUUUGCUGCCUUCCAAUCUGUCCUCCAACGUGAUCACCUAUUUCUGCACGGGUGACAACAUCCCCCACUGCAUCUCCUACAUCAACAUGGAGCUUUCCUCCCUGGGUUUGUCCACUUGCAUUGAGACCAACUCUUUAGGCCUGAGUGCAGCGCCUGCUCUGAAUGUCAUGUUUGAGCUGCUACAGAUCCAGAGACACACCAUGAGCACUUUAGAGGAGCUGGAGAGGGAGCAGCUGAAGAAGUCCAGCACUUUGGAUCACAUGCAGAUGAGCAACUCAAGACUUAAGGAUCAGCUGGAAUUGUCUAUGAGGGAGAAAUCGGGUCUGCACGAGACCGAGAGGCAACUCCAACUCAAGAUGAAAACUCUGCAAAACUGUCUCAAGACAGAGAAAGAGGAGGUGCAGAAGCUCCAGAGUAUCAUCGCCAGUCGUGCGUCGCAGUAUAGCCACGAUGCCAAGCGCAAGGAGAGGGAAUCCGCCAAGCUCAAGGAACGCCUGAGCCAAAUACUUGUCAACAGAAAGGAGAAGAAACUGGCUAUCGAUGUGCUGAACUGUCUCGGACGAGCAGACGGAAAAAGGAGCCACUGGAAGACGGCAAAAGUUGCAGUCGGCCACGAAGGGCAAAUGUACAAGUCCAUGCUGCACGACUACGAGGCCAGCCAGAGGGCCCUGAUGGUGGAGAACGCAGAGCUGAAGAAGGUCCUGCAGCAGAUGAAGAGGGAGAUGAUUCACAUCCUGAGUCCGCGCCAGGCGGCCUGCAGAGGAGCCAGCGUCGACGAGGGCCAGGAGAUGGUGGAUUCCGAUGGAGAGGAGAAGAUGGGCGACUGCGGUAGAGAAGCACUGGAGCAGUCAUGUGACCAGGCCAGGGAGCAGCUCACCAACAGCAUCCGCCAGCAGUGGAGGAAAGUGAGGAGCCACAUGGAGAAGUUAGACCACCAAGUUCAAAGUCAAGUGGAGUGCAGCAAAGAGGUGAUGAUGAGGGAGGUGCAGGAAGAUGAGCUGGAGCGAAUGAGGCAUGAAGUGCAGCAAUGCAAGGAGUUCAUCCACACACAGCAGCAGCUCCUGCAGCAACAAUUACACACCUCCUUCGACGAGGAGACGGCGGCGCUGCUCAAUGACUGCUACACCCUGGAGGAGAAGGAGCGACUCAGAGAGGAGUUGAGGCUCUUUGAGGAGCAGAAGAGGAACUUUGAGAGGGAGAGGAAGUACUUCACCGAGGCUGCCAUCCGCCUCGGACGAGAGAAAAAGGCUUUUGAGGAGGACCGCGCUUCUUGGUUGAAACAUCAGUUUUUAAACAUGACCCCCUUUGCCAACCGUAGUAUGUGCUCCUCAUCUGAUGGUCACAGUCCCUCAUCCAUCAGAAGUGAGCCAGAGAUCAGAAUGUCUUCCACUGAAAGCCAGCGGUCUAAAUGGUCCACCUACACCUCCUUCUCCUCCCCACAAGCUGCCCCUGCCAGCAGGACCUCCACUUUUAACCCACUUUCCCUCAUUCCAGAUGCCAGUUCCUCCAGGCAUUCGAAUCGAGGACGCCGGCGAGAGACCAGCGACCACAGAGACACCCAAGCCAAGUCCAAAAACCGAAGUCACCACAAGGGCAUGAGUAUCCUCUCUCUAGGAGACGAUGAGAACAGCGUGGCUUAAAAAACAAAGCUGCUGAUAAACUUUUCGAUGACUUGUUUUCGAACAUACAAAUGAUUCGCCAAAUGAGCAAGAAAGCACUUUAAGGAGUUCGUAAACAAAUCAAGCCCAAGCGAUUGUACCAAGUAGUCAUUUAGUGUGUCACUCAAAUGUUCCCAAAUAGGUUUGAUUAAGAUGUAUUUUAAAUGUAUAUCCAAAAUAAAGGCCUUUUAAUCAA